AAGAGCAUCCCGGGAACGUGGACAGCGCGGCGCAACUGCUGCAGGGUCUCGAAUAUAGCAAAGCCUGUCCAUCUGGACCCAGAUGGCGAAAGUGAACCCUCCCCCCUCCCCCGGAAGUUGAACCUCACGGCUGUUCCCUUCGUGUGGGUGUAUGACAGCAUCCGCUCUAACCUGGUGCGCGACGUGACACCUCGAGUAGAUGCCCCCCAUGCCACGGAUACGUUCUACGCUGGCCUGCAACUGGUGAUGCCGGAAGAGACCGCCCCAGCCCAGCGACAUACCGCCUUCGCGAUGCGCUAUAUUAUAGAGGGUAGCGGAGGCUUUACGGCGGUGCAUGACAGACGCAUCCGAAUGCAGAAAGGGGAUGCAAUUCUGACACCUAAUUGGAACUAUCACGAUCACGGCAAGGAUAGCAGCGGCCCGCUUAUCUGGCUGGACGGCCUGGAUCUGCCCAAUUUCCGACACUUGCCAGUUCACUUUGUCGAGCACUUCAAUGAGCCUCGCUACGCGGCCAAGGGUCUCAACCAGACUGCCUCUCAGAUGAUCUUCACCGGGGGCCAAUUGAAAGCUGGGUUGGAUGAGAUGGAGGUUGAUUCGGCCACACAGCGCUAG